AUGUGUGGUGAGUUGCCAGAAGAUUAUUGUAAAAUGAGGUUGACGCACAGUAAGUCCCGCGAUACAUCUGAUGUUUGUGUAAGUAGUAUACUAAGAGAUCUACUGUUAGGGAACCCGUCGAAACCUGUGAAAGGUCGAGCUACCGAUUGGACUGUUACAAUGCAGAGCGUUCAAGGCAUACAACGCCUAGAGAUAACAAUAAGUGUUCCAAAAGAGCAUCUUGAUUCGUCUAAUAUUUGUGAAAGUAAUGCACUGAGAGAUCUACUCGUAGGGCACUCGUCGAAACUAGAGAAAAGUCUAACUACCGAUAUUGUUACUAUGAAGAACGGUAAAGGACGUCUAGAGCAAAAAAUAAGUACUCCUAAAGAAGUAAAAAGCCGAUAUAGAAUAAUAUCAAAGCUAUUAGACAAACAUAGGCAUAACAUGAGACAAAUACUCCUUGGCACUAACGCAAAUCCAAUUAGAAACUACAACGGAAAAGGCUAUUACUGUGGCUAUUGUAACGACGUAUUUCCUACACCCCCUGAACUAAAACAACACUCGCUGUAUGAACAUGGAGAUGCUGAUAAGAUUUAUAUGCGCAUAUGCUGUUGGCAGGAACUCGUAGCCAAAUUUGAUAUAACAGACUUUAAGUGUAUAUUAUGCGAGGACGACUUGAACAAUUUAGAAGACGCCGUACGCCAUUUGAGAAGUCAACACGAUAGACUAUGGUACGACGAUAUCACCAAUCACAUACUUCCGUUCAAGUUCAGUAAAGAAGGCGUGACAUGUCCCAUAUGUUCACAAUUCUUUAUUAGUUUUAAGCUGGCUCAAGAACAUAUGAGGAUGCAUUACAACAAUUACAUGUGCAAUAUUUGCGACAUGCCCUUCGUUAACAUGGGUACAUUGCGUAAACAUAUGAAAAGGAAGAGCAGGGUGACUUCGCCUGCAGCUUUUGUGAAAAGAUUUUCGAGACUUCGUAUAAAAGGGAUCACCACGAGAGGUUCGGCUGUCACACGUAGCCAAAAUGUAUCGCAUAACCUACAGAAACCACGUUCCACAAAGAGAAAUGCUGAUAGAGCCACGGAGACAGAAUUACGAGAAAUAUAUAAGCAUCAUGCUAAUCUGAACAUAAUAAGGCAAUGCUCGAACGCAACCCCCAUCAGAAGCCGCGGUGGUAUCGGCUACAAGUGUUGUUACUGUACAGAUGAAUACCCAAAUCCAGAUGACCUUAAAAGCCAUACUCUGGAACAUCAUAGUGACGAAUCUGCACGCAAAAUUUUGGAAAAGGAAAUGAAUGCACUCUAUUCUUACGUCAUCAAACUUGACAUUACUGCGUUGAAAUGUAACAUAUGCGAUACCGGCUUUGAUAGUUUAGAUGAUUUCAUAUAUCACUUGAUCACCGACCAUGAUAAAAAGAUAUACACUGAUUUAGAAGAUCGUAUCAUACCGUUAAAAUUCGAAGACAAUAUACUUAGUUGCCUUUUCUGUUUGCAAACGUUCAACAAAUUCAAGACUCUGGUCCAGCAUAUGAAUAUCCAUUACAAUAAUUUCGUUUGCGACGUUUGCAAUACCGGCUUCGUGUCUCGUAAUUUGUUAUAUAACCACUCUUUUACUCACAAAAUAGGAGAAUUCGAGUGCACGUUUUGCGACAAAAUUUUUGAUACGUUUCUUAAGCAGAAAGCGCACGAGAAAACAGUUCAUAAACAAGCAUGUAGGAACACAUGUGGUUUUUGUAACGAGAAAUUCAGAGAUUUCAAAAAAAAGGAACAGCACUUAACUGAGAUACACGGCGUGGCACUAAUGGGAAUGCAGUGCCAGGCUUGUUCCAAGACCUUUCCGAAUAGAAAACUUUAUACUGUUCAUAUGAAGAGAGAUCAUUUACUGGAGAGAAAGCAUCCAUGCGAGGAAUGUGACAUGACAUUCUUUAGGAUGACUGAUUUAAAAAAACAUAUGCUAAAACAUACUGGAGAGAGGAAAUAUCAGUGCUCUGUAUGCAAGAAAUCGUACGGAAGGAACACGACGUUAACGCAACAUAUGAAAAUACACGCCAACAUAAGAAAAUACAAAUGUGAAUACUGUGAUCAGAAAUUCAUUCAGAAGUGUACCUGGAAAGGGCAUCUAAAGGCUAAGCACGGUGUGGUAUUACAAUAA